AUGCUGAGAUCAUCACCGGUUGCUGGGAGCGGAAGCUUUCCUGAAAGUGAGAGUGAGGAGACCGACCCCCUCUCCUUGUCCCUGGCCAUCACGGACCUGACGCCUUACGUCUUCCCUCGCGACCCUGGCUCACCCAACCGCAACCGCAACAACACCCUCUCCCUCCUCCCCUUCCCCACCCCCACAUUCCAUUUCGCCCAGGUCAGGACGCCUCAACUCUGCCGCAUCACCCAGCACUAUCACCCAGCCGGCACACCCAGCACACCCAGCCAAGCUCAACUAUUUUCCGAAACCACCUUCGUCCUUCAUCAUCCUCUCAUCAACAACCAGAUCGCAUGUCCACACUCCCAGCCCCCAUCCGACCCCUCCGUCCACCCCUAUUUCACUCAAACCACAUCUCCUCUGUCUACCGCCGCCCCCCGCGUCCUCCUUCUCUGUCUUCCUCUACUCCUCCAUAACCUAACCCCUUCCCCCCUCAACCACUCAUGGCAGAAGAGGAGUACCAGCUUCAGCGAUCAAGGAACGGCUGCCUCACCUGCCGCGCCCGUCGCGUCAAGUGCGACGAGCUCAGGCCAAUAUUGCGGCUACGGCCCCGAGAAGCCCCCGAAUCCUCGAAAGCGGCGACGAAAACCGGUUAUCACCCCCGUCUCGCAGCAGAGCAUGAACGUGGCUGGACCGAGCCAUGCAGGCCACCCCACCCCAACCAUGGUCGCCGGCAUGGAAAUGGUGUCCCCCGCGACUUCGGCGAGUGGCCCGUCCACGGUCGGCGUCGGUAGUCGUCUUCCCUUUGACCCGAACGAGGGUGGACAGAUUGAUUGGAUUAGCACGCAGACGCAGAAGCGCCUCAUGGUCGACCCUGACGAAAUGCUUACGUUCCGACACUACAUUGAGCAUUCGGACGAUCUGAUCGCGUUCAACGAGAAGAGCUCCACCUUCAACCCUUGGGUCACCAUCCACGCACCACUCGUGUUCCAGAACUUGCCAGGGGUCUCACGAACGACCGACGCACUCCGCACGGCCGUGCUUGCUGUUGGCGCCGUGCGUCUGCGCUUCGUCGACGAUCCGACGAACCAGAAGGCUGCAUCCAAAGUCGCCCGCCAGGCACACCUCAAGAUCAUGUCGCUCCUCGAACCGAUUCUGAACAAUCCGAACGACCAUCUGGAAGAGAUUGAGACGACGCUCGCCGCUCUGUUGUCCGUGCUCGUGGCGUGCACUCUGGCGGCGGACAACAUCUGGGAGGAAAUCAUGAAAAUUUCCGUGAAAUACAUCAAUAAUUUGGGCGGCGCGGCUAAGCUCAUCACGAACCUGAAGCCGCAGCAGAACAUGCUGUCGGUCACGCGGUUUGCCCUCGAGCAGCUCGCGGUGCGCGACAUCGUGGCGUGCAUGACGCUCGGCCGCCGGCCGUCGAUUAUCCGCCAGGCGUUCGAACCGUGGUUCUUUGAGAUUGAGCGGUGGUCUGGCCGCGACGUCGAGUGGGAGAGCGUGGAGCGCAUGUUUGGUGUUUCGCGCUCAAUGGUCGACGUGAUCGCCCGGGCGUGUUCCCUGAUUGGAAUUUCCAGAGAGGCAAUGGUCGCGCCCAUGCCGGAGAACACACCCCGCGGCUUGCAAGACGCGGCGAACGGACUCCUUACCGAGCUUCAGGUAUGGGAUCACGGGUUCUCGUACUCGCCCUACCACACUCGUACGCAGUACGGCAAUCACUGCUACCGCCAUGCCAUGCGGAUUGCCCUGAUGCGAGACGUCAUGGGUCUCGACCGCAUGGACGAGCGUGUCGUUUCUUCGGCCAGCGCCAUUGUUGAGCUCGCGCGUGAGCUCAAUUUCGCUCGCGGCCCGACCAUGAACUGCGAGUAUGCUGCAACCCCGACGACCGCAGGGUCUCAAGUCUACGUUGGCGGCGACAUGGGUGCCCCGGCCCCGCCGCCUACGGCUCCACCGUACGCAAGUCCGUACGCCCAAGCACCUCAUCCGCAAGUGUACGGUGAGCCGCCGAGCGCGGUGCCGCGAAUGCCGCAGCCGCCCCAGGCCGUGAGCUCGUUCCAGAGCGGGUUCCACGGAUUUGCACCGCCAUCGAGUGCGCUGUGGGUGUAA